AUGAAAAGAUAUUCAAUUUUUCUCAUUUUUCAAUUUUUUGAAUCAACCAUUGCAAACCCUGUGGCAGAGAUUUUUGACAAUUGUCCGGAUGAAGAAUUGCAAGCAGAAUGUAAUGGACUCUGUCGUGCUGAUUUUAACAAAUGUCGUCUUCUCUGCGAGACGGAAUACUGUCUGUCGAUUUGUGACAGGGAGUACUCAGGCUGCCUUGAUAAUUGUCCAUGUGGUGCUAACUGUGAGCAAGGAUGCGUUGGCUGCGAUUCUCCUCUUUGUCCACAUAUCUUGGUGAUGGGUGAAAGAUUGCCUCAAGCAUUUUCCAUUUCACUUGAUGGCUCAAGAAAGACACCUGCGAAAAUUAAAGCACCUUCACUUCGUUAUCUUCAAGGCACUGCUCAUGCUCUUGUGAAUGGUGAGCUCUUUGUUUUUGGCGCAAGCUUUUGGUCUCGGAACACUGAAGAUGAUGCCCAUGAUCGAGCAGGAGAUACUAGAAACGAUUUUCCGAGAGAAGAUUUCUUCGACCCUUUUCCGAGACUAAAUGAAACUUGCACCGACCUUGAUCUCGGUGAACUCUGUUCAACAAACUGCAGCGAGGAUCUUUUACAAUGCUUGAGCAACUGUAACUCGGGCGAUGCUUCUUGCGAGAACGCUUGUGUUCGUGAAGGAUUCGACUGUAUUGAUGGAUGUCCUUGUCACAUUGAUUGUCCUGGAGGAUGCGAGGAUUGCCCGGCUGAAAUUUGCGAUGUUUGCGCUUUUCCUGAAGAGAAUGAGGAUCACGUGAAGUGCUUGGCGGAUCUUGAGCAAGAGCUAUUCGACUGCAUUGGAAAGUGCGGAGGAAACUCCAGCUGCUUAACUCUCUGUACAUUACAGUACUCAGAGGAUAUUCUGAGCUGCCCUUGCGAAGAAGGCUGUCCAAAUGGUUGCCCUUGCCCGAAUUACGAUUGCUACGAUCCAUCAAAGGAGCUGAAUUCUGUUUUAUUGAUGCACUAUAACCAUCGGGAUACAACUGCAUUGGUGAAUUUUGAAAGCUACAUUGAUGAUUUGGAAAUUUCUUGGUUCAACAAUGGUCCCGAUAAUCUUGAAUUUUUCAGUAAAGAAGGAUGCUCAGUUUUAUACAAGGGAACAAACUACCUCUUCGGUGGUUGGUUUGUAAUUGGAGGUGAACGAGAGUAUGGACCGCAUAUUCUCAAUGGUUGCGAUAUUGAAAAAGCUGAAGGUGUUUCUUUUCAAUUCGAUUGUUUCGAAGGAUCUGUAGGAUACUUGCCAAGCCAGGAUGAUCCUGAAGGUCAUAUUUUGCUCUACAACGGAUAUGGGAAAGUUCAAAGCUAUGAUGGAUCAAAGAUUGUGGAGGCAAGCUUGGCUGUGCCUGAUGAAUCUCACGUUGCAAUCGGAGGACAUAUUCCAACUUAUAAAGGAAAUCCGAUUCUCAUUGCUGGAUACGAUCAGUAUGCCCAGAGAUACACCAGAUCUGUCGAGCAAUACAGUGAAAAUGAUGGCUGGAUCAACGACUACAGGAUACUUUUUCCAGAGUCGUAUAUUGAAAGUUACUCUUCUGUUUGGGGCGAUUUUGGCGUCGUCAUCUUUCCAGGAGACUCUCAGACAGUUCAAUAUAUAUGGCGCCUGUACAAUGAUGAAUGGACCCAAAUUGGAACUCCUGAAUGGACCCCACGAAGGUAUUAUGCGAGAGCCCUGCUUUUCCCAAAUAAUGAGGUGAUGGUUGUCGGUGGCGAUGGACCUCGAAAAUUCACGAAAUUCACUUUCAACGACGAUUUUACUUCGAUCGAAGGAGAAGACCUCGACCAUUUACCACAAACUGACGACUACGAUGAUCCUUUUGCUAUUCUAGUGCCUGACGGCUUCUGCAUGCUUUGA